UGAGUAGAGUCAGCUAGUUGAUGAUACGACUGCAAGCAUGAGCUUAUUAUGAUGCUUUGUGAUAAUUUUCGUAAUUUCGUGGGCUCUAUAGGGGAAUGGCGUCCACAAUAGAUUGAUAAGAGGGGAAGUCGUCGGAGUCAUCAGGCAAAGCGUGACUGCGAUGGGCUAGCUUUCUCAUUUUCAUUGAAGGAAGAUACAUUCCAGCAACUGAAAUUCACAAGUCUUCACGUCUUUUAUCAUGUCGCCGUUCACGGUCGGUGACUACCUGGCCGAAAGGCUUGUGCAGGUCGGAAUCCGUCAUCAUUUCAUUGUCCCAGGGGACUACAAUCUCAUCCUCCUCGAUAAGCUCGAGGCGCAUCCGUCGCUAACCGAGGUCGGCUGCACUAAUGAGCUGAACUGCUCUCUAGCUGCCGAAGGCUAUGCCCGUGGCAAUGGAGUUGGUGUUUGUGUAGUCACCUACAGCGUAGGCGCCUUCUCUGCCUUUAAUGGCAUUGGAAGUGCCUAUGCCGAGAAUCUUCCCGUCAUUCUCGUCAGUGGGUCACCCAAUACCAACGACGUGGGCCAACGUAUACUACACCACACUCUCGGUGAAGGGGACACGACAUACCAGCUUGAGAUGGCCAGAAAGAUCACCUGUUGCGCGGUGCGUAUUCGUCAAGCCGCUCAUGCUGCUGAGCUUAUUGACCGUGCUAUUCGGGCGGCUCUCUCGGAGAAGAAACCGGUAUAUAUCGAAGUGCCGACUAACCUGGCCGGUGAACCAUGUGUCCGUCCUGGACCUGUCAGCUCUGUCGUUGCAUCAGUCCCAAGUGACCAGCACACACUUGAUGUUGCUGCAGCUAAGGCAUCCGAGUGUAUCAGCGCGAAGCAGAAGUGCGUCAUUCUCGUUGGACCAAAAGUUCGCAGGGCCAGGGCACAAGACGCUCUGCUUCAGUUGGCCGAGGCCAUUGGAUGCGCUGUAGUUCUUCAACCAGCGGCGAAGGGUUCAUUUCCCGAGGACCAUGCUCAGUUUGCAGGAAUCUUCUGGGGCCAGGUCAGCACCCUGGCAGCUGAUGCCAUCGUCAACUGGGCGGACCUCCUCAUCUGCGUUGGCACCGUCUUCACGGAUUACAGCACUGUUGGAUGGACGGCUUUGCCCAGUGUUCCUCAACUCGUUGUCGACAUGAAUAGCGUGACUGUGGCUUCAAAGCUCUACUGCUGUCAUGUUCAGAUGCGUGACUUUCUGUCCAGGCUAUCUGAAACAGUUUGUUGGAACGACAACACCAUGAUCGAGUACAAUCGACUGCGUCCUGAUCCACCUCUGGGGCAGCCUUCUCGCGGCCCCGAGAAGUUAACUAGGAAGGAGAUUGGUCGGCAGACGCAGGCUUUACUGAGCCUAAACCCACAGACUAUUGUCUUUGCUGACACUGGUGAUUCUUGGUUUAAUGGACUCCAGCUGAGUCUUCCCUUUGGGGCUGAAUUCGAGAUUGAAAUGCAAUGGGGUCAUAUUGGAUGGUCAGUCCCCGCGUCGUUCGGCUACGCCUUGGCAAAGCCUCACCGACAGACAAUUGUCAUGGUUGGCGAUGGCGCAUUCCAGAUGACGGCCCAGGAAGUAUCACAGAUGGUGCGAUUCCGAGUCCCUAUCAUCUUGCUUCUCAUGAACAACAAAGGCUACACCAUCGAGGUGGAGAUCCACGAUGGGCUGUAUAAUCGUGUCCAGAAUUGGGAUUAUUCCCGCCUGGUUGAGGCAUUUAGUUGUCAAAACGGAGGAGCACGUGCGCUGGGACUCGAAGCUCGAACCUCUGGAGAGCUCUCUGAGGGCCUUGAGAGAGCAGUGGCGCAUACAGAUGGGCCAACGCUUAUUGAUUGCAGUAUUCACCAGGACGAUUGUAGCAGAGAGCUGAUUACUUGGGGACAUUUUGUUGCCGCAGCUAAUGGUCGUGUUCCCAAAAAGGAUUAAGAGCCUACACAAAAAGAAGAGUGUUGAGGCAAAGACCAUGGCUUAGAGCGGUACACUGACACGGCCAUAUAAUGUAAUCGAUAUUACACAUGCGAGGGGAGGGGUCUUUCAAAUUGAUAUCGUCGGGAAAAUUUCACAGAACACCCAGCCCCAGUGAUGUAUUCCCCAAGGCAGAAGGUAUUCAAAACAGUGAUUUGAAAAUGAAAAGAAAGGAUGAAGAUGCAAUUUUAGCUCAUGUGUAAAAUUGUGAGGAGGUCGUAACUAUCUUGAUGCAAAUGAAAUUUCGACUGGCUUAUACAACGGUGCAGUCUGUACGUGAUACUUUUCUGUAGCUAGGUUAAUUGUCCAAUGUUGAUUCACUGUGCAGACUGAAAGCCAGCCGCGUUUAUGAGCAAGUCUGUU